UAAACACUUAUAUAACUCCCUCUCUUACUUUCUCUCUCCUCAAACUCAACUUUCCCCUUAAACCAUAAAACCAUAAAACCAUAAACCAAAAAAUAAAAUAAUGGACCUCAUCCUAACACUCACACUCACUUUCACCACCAUUUUCUCUCUCCUCCUCCUCAUCUACCUCCACCGCAUUCGGGCCCGACAAUCCCUCCCACCGGGCCAAACGGGCCUUCCCCUAAUAGGGGAAACUCUUCAACUCAUAUCCGCCUAUAAAACUGAAAACCCGGAACCGUUUAUAGACUAUCGGGUGAAGAAAUUCGGGCCGAUUUUUACUACUCAUGUUUUCGGCGAAGCGACUAUAUUUAGCGUCGAUCCUGAUGUUAAUCGGUUUAUACUUCAAAAUGAAGGGAAAUUGUUUGAGUGUAGUUACCCGGGUUCGAUCUCGAAUCUACUUGGAAAAUACUCACUACUUUUAAUGAAAGGAAAUUUGCAUAAAAGGAUGCAUUCUCUUACUAUGAGUUUUACUAAUUCUGCUAUUAUUCGUGACCAUCUUUUGCUUGAUAUUGAUCGAUUGAUCAGCUUUAAUUUGAACUCUUGGCCAUCCAAAGUUUUGCUUAUGGAAGAAGCUAAGAAGAUUACAUUUGCAUUAACAAUGAAGCAGCUACUGAGCUUUGAUCCUUGUGAGUGGACGGAGAGCGUUAGAAAAGAGUACCUACUUGUCAUUGAUGGCUUCUUCAGCAUUCCCCUGCCUUUCUUCUCAACCACCUAUAAUCGGGCUAUUAAAGCUAGGACGAAAGUGGCCGAGGCACUUGGCUUGGUGGUAAAGGAGAGAAGACGAGAGAAGGAGCGAGGGGAGAGAAAAAACGACAUGUUAGGGGCAAUGCUCGAGGAGGAAGCCGGUGGCGGACUUUCCGACGAGAUGAUAGUGGAUUUCCUAGUGUCUUUAUUGGUGGCAGGCUAUGAAACCACCUCCACAACUAUGACUCUAGCAGUGAAAUUUUUAACUGAGACUCCACUUGCUCUUGCUCAAAUUAAGGAAGAGCAAGAAAAGAUAAGAGCUCAAAAGGGUGAAGAUGAGCCUUUGCUAUGGACUGAUUACAAAUCAAUGCCCUUCACUCAAUGUGUUGUGAAUGAGACGUUGCGAGUCGCAAAUAUCAUCGGAGGCAUAUUUAGGCGUACUAUAUCAGACGUUCACAUUAGUGGCUAUACAAUACCAAAAGGAUGGAAAGUGUUUGCGGCAUUUAGAGGCGUACAUAUGAAUGAUGAAUACUUUAAGGAUGCUCGAUCGUUCAAUCCUUGGAGAUGGCAGAGCGAUACAGUAGCGUGCCCUCCAAGUGCAUUUACUCCAUUUGGCGGAGGCCCAAGAUUGUGCCCGGGAUAUGAGCUUUCUAGGGUCUCAAUAUCCGUCUUCCUCCACCACCUCGUCACCAAAUAUAGUUGGGAGCCUGCCGAAAAGGAUAAAUUGGUCUUUUUUCCAACAACUCGGACACAGAAGCGAUACCCCAUUUACGUGCACCGACGAAAUCUAGACAUGUAAAGAGGAAAACGAGGGAUGUGAGAGUUUAGAGUAUAGGAAAGUUGUAAAGAAAAGGGGAGAAAAAAAGAAGAAAAAAAAUGAACCGUACAUGUUCUAUGGAAAUAAGGUGAAACAAAAAAUUGAGAUAAAAUUAGCUGAGAGAUAAAAUUGGUUUAUAUCUAUGAGAUUAAGCUGCUCUAGUUGUUCAGUAAAAAGAAAUGAGCAGUUACUCAUGAUUCUUUUGGUGACUAAUAUCCAAUAGUAAACAUUAGAACUUACACCAUUGUAAAUGUUUUUACCAAUUUCUAUUAGUUAGAUCUAAUUUCUUCUUUAUGGUCA